CAAUAGGAGGGGGACAGCCACAGCUCUGCCCUUGUCAUAAACUGGCACGUUGGAUGGUCGGAACAUGAGCAUGGUUUGGUUAGGUCAAAGUUCAGCUGCUGUCUAAGUUUUCAGAAGAGAAAGGCCUUGAACGGAGGAAGAAUGAAAAAAAAUAUGUAACAAAAAAAUGAGACAAACAAGGGAUUAAAAGAGGUUGGGGAAAAUAGUAAACUUGGUAACACUUGGUACUUUAAGCACUUAUCUGUCAUGCAUUGUUCGUACAUUCAUAGUUCAUUCAUAAGGCUUUAUAGAAGAUAUUCCUGUAUGAAUGUUUCUCAUCAUGUAUGACAACUUAUGACAAGGAUCAAUAGAAUAAGUCUAGUUCUGACAUUUUUCACCUUAUAAAAUGGUGAAAAUUAAAAUAUAAGAAGUAUAGAACAAAGUGUUUCUCAAUUGCACUUGGCCUGCCCUGUUGGUUUGAGGAGGUGUGUCAGGUAGAUGAGACGGGGAAGUCAGACCCAUGGCUGAGACAGGGAGGUGAGACGGGAAGGCAACCUCCGCCAGCUGGAGCGAACUGGCCACGACGUAACAGCAGAUCAAUGAUUGACUGUUGGCAGUAGCUCUAUGUGAUUUCCAAACCUCGAGGACGCAAGGGGCUGAUGUAAACACUCCACAGGCCAAGCCUCCCCCUCUUCCCCUACUCUGCCCAUGUCCUCCCCCGCCUUCCCCAGGACGUCCCGCUGUAUAAAGAGAAGCAGGUUUCUGCGCUGAAGUUAGAAGAGCUGAUGAGUGACAGCUGAAGAGACCCGCACAAACGACUGAGACUCCCAGACAUCCUUGUUACCUACCCUCGAUCACAUCGCACUCUCUCCGUACCCUGUCAUGCCACCUCAGCUGCAGUCCCAGAACCAGAGCGGCCCGCGGGUCCUCCAGGGCGACUUGAGCUCCCUCAGUCCGGCCCUUAGGGAGUUCGUGGAGGCCAACGUCACUUUGUGCCAGCCUGACUCCUUGCACAUCUGUGAUGGCUCUGACGAGGAGAACCGAGCCAUCCUGACCCAGCUGGAGGAGCAGGGGAUGAUCAAGAAGCUCGCCAAAUACGAGAACUGCUGGUUGGCCAGGACCGACCCGAGGGACGUGGCCCGUGUGGAAAGCAAGACAGUGAUUGUCACCAGAGAACAGAGGGACACAGUGCCGACACCCCAGGACGGCGGUGUGAGCCAACUGGGCCGCUGGAUGUCCCUCGAGGAGUUUGAUAAAGCCAUGAACCUGCGCUUUCCAGGCUGCAUGAAAGGUCGCACCAUGUAUGUGAUCCCCUUCAGCAUGGGUCCAGUGGGUUCCCCCUUGUCCAAGAUCGGCGUUGAGCUGACUGACUCUCCCUACGUAGUGGCCAGUAUGAGAGUGAUGACUCGGAUGGGGAAGGCCGUCUUGUCCGCUCUGGGGAACGGCGAGUUCGUCAGAUGCCUGCACUCAGUCGGAUGUCCACUGCCAGUCAAAAAGCCUCUGGUGAACAACUGGCCCUGCAACCCAGAGCAGACGCUGAUCGCCCAUAUUCCAGACCGCCGACAGAUUGUCUCAUUCGGCAGCGGUUACGGGGGAAACUCCCUCUUAGGAAAAAAGUGCUUCGCCCUGCGCAUUGCGUCCCGCAUCGCCAAAGAGGAAGGCUGGCUCGCUGAGCACAUGCUGAUUCUCGGCAUCACAAACCCUGCGGGGGUGAAGAAGUACAUGGCAGCGGCGUUCCCGAGUGCUUGCGGAAAGACAAACCUGGCCAUGCUCUGUCCCACGCUUCCGGGUUGGAAAGUUGAAUGUGUUGGGGACGACAUUGCCUGGAUGAAGUUUGAUGAUCAAGGACGUCUCCGUGCCAUCAACCCUGAGAACGGCUUUUUUGGAGUCGCUCCUGGCACCUCUGGCAAAACCAACCCCAAUGCCAUGGCAACCAUCAUCAAGAACACCAUCUUCACCAACGUUGCAGAGACCAGCGACGGCGGAGUGUACUGGGAGGGCAUGGACGAAACUCUGCCGGAGGGAGUCACUGUCACUUCCUGGAAGAACCGACCCUGGAGCACCAAGGAUGAUGAACCCUGCGCUCACCCCAAUUCUCGCUUCUGCACUCCGGCUGACCAGUGCCCCAUCAUCGACCCUCUCUGGGAAUCCCCCGAGGGCGUCCCCAUCGAGGCCAUCAUCUUUGGGGGUCGCAGGCCUGAGGGUGUGCCUCUAGUGUACGAGGCGUUCAGCUGGCAACACGGCGUGUUUGUUGGUGCUGCGAUGAGGUCAGAGGCCACGGCUGCAGCUGAGCACAAAGGAAAAGUCAUUAUGCACGACCCCUUCGCCAUGCGUCCCUUCUUCGGCUACAACUUUGGUCAGUACCUGUCACACUGGCUCAGCAUGGCCAAGCGUCCCGGGGCCAAACUUCCUAAGAUCUUCCAUGUCAACUGGUUCCGCAAGAGCCCGACCACUGGCUUCCUGUGGCCCGGCUUUGGCGACAACAUCCGUGUUCUGGAUUGGAUGUUCAGACGGGUGACUGGCGAGGCUGAGGCCAAGUCCUCGCCUGUCGGCCUCCUGCCUUGCAGAGACUCUCUGAAUCUGGAUGGGUUGAAGGAAGAUGUGGACCUGGAUCAGCUCUUCUUGCUGGAUCAGGAGUUCUGGCGAAAGGAGGUGAAGGAGGUGGGCAGCUACUUCCAAUCGCAGGUGAACCAUGACCUGCCGGUAGAAGUGUCUCAGCAGUUAGAACUGCUGUCCAUCAGAGUCGAGAAGAUGUGAAAAGUCUUGGGUCUUAGUUUGUAGACUGGAAUCCAUCUGUAAUUCUAGUCCAUAAUUUCUCAGAUCUUCUGUGAACGAUCGAAUGUUUUUCACUAAUGAAUCUUUGGGGGAUGUAAUUCAGUGGCCUAUCAGGGCAGCCAUGAAGGCGGGAGGAGCGCCUCCAUCCUCCCACACUUGUCACUGCUGCUGCGGUGGUCUAUUUAAUAAGUUAUUAAUAAUGAAGCAUCAUUAUCAGUGAUGGAUUCGCUGUUUUAAUAUUAUUUUUGUAUGUAUUUGUUUGUUUGUUGUUUUCUGAACUGGUGAAAAAGAAAUAAAAUGAUUUUCUUUUA